CCGCGCCUCGCCGUCCGUUGUUUGCGCAUUCCAUACACAGCAGCAGCAGUGUUUGGCAGCAACGAAAGCGAGACAGCACCACCCACCCACCUUCGCCAAAGCACCCUGCCUUCUCUUCGCUCGCUUGUUGUGAGAAAAGGAGGAGGGGCUGAGCCACAAGCAACCAGCCAACCAAGCAAGAGGGAGAGGAAGGGUGCGCGUGUGGACGUCUGUGUCUUGGGUUUGCGUGUGCGGGGCACGUCUGUGGGGAAGUCGACGCGGCCUAGUGCAGGCGUGCGAGUCAUCACCACCCAUCCAACACUGCGAGGAGGACUGUACGUUCAGCCACCACCAUGGGCAAGGAUAACAACAAGAAGUUGGAUCGCAAGCUGUAUGAUGCGGUCAAGUCUGGAAAGACGGCGACAGUGAAGAAGUUGCUGGAGGAUGGCGCCAAUCCAAAUGCGCCCGUGGGCAAGAAAGGCCUGACGUCCAUGUAUCGUGCGGCCCAGAAGAACUAUGUUGACAUUGAAGAGCUGCUCAUGAAGCGAGGCGGGACCUUGCACAGCUCUUCCAGCCUCGCGAAACGAUUGCAAGCCAUGUAUGACGCCGAUCAAGACAGCAUGAGCCAGAGUGGCAUGUCUGACGGUGGCGAUUCGCAAGGGUACAUGGAGCCGAUUGCCUCGCGCUCAUCGCUGCAGCCCGUGGCGGAGGGCGAGGAGGACCCCAGCAAGGCCGCAAAGUUCUCCCGCGCAUCCAGCCUCAUGGACGGUCUCAGGUCCAGCAUCCGGCGCUCACAGAAGAAGCCUGCAGCAGAGAGCGUACCCGCCGCGGGGCCCAUUGCCUCACAGCGCAACAGCACAGACAACAGCAAGGGCGCGGAGACGAGCGACGCUGUGGUGCACGAGGAGGAUGCACCGUCGUCCUCGGAGUCUGGGUCGACCGGAGUGGUGGCUGCAGACUGGGCGGUGCCCGUGGAAGCAGCCAACAUCCUCGCAGAUGACACCCUCGAGUUUGACCGCACAAAGCUGAAGCAGGUGCGCAAGCUUGGUCAGGGCCAUUUCGGCGUCGUGUUUGAGGGCGAAGCGUCGUCCAUUGUGGACGGUCAGCCCACCACCCGCGUCGCAGUCAAGAUGCUCUCGGAGACGUCGGAGGAGGCACGAAUGGACUUCUUUAAAGAAGUGCAGAUUAUGCACUCCAUCACUGGCUCCAAUUUCAUCAUCAAACUUCUGGGCGUGUGCACAACGGAGGAGCCCUUCCUGAUGAUUAUGGAGCUGAUGGGCAAGGGCGAUCUGAAGACGAGGGACUGGCGUGUGAAGAUUGGAGACUUUGGUUUGACGCGGGAUGUGUACGCGGGCGAAUACUACAGGAUGACGGGAUCAACACCGCUGCCCGUGAGGUGGAUGGCGCCAGAGGCCAUCGAGGACGGCGUGUUCACAACCCAAUCCGACACGUGGGCGUUUGGCGUUGUGCUGUGGGAGCUCGUCACCUUUGCCAAGAUGCCAUACGCCGGCCUCAGCAACUUGGAGGUGGUUGAGCGCGUCACGGACGAAAACUACCGCCUGCCGCAACCAAAAGAGUGUCCUGACGAGCUGUACAGCCUGAUGUUGGGCUGCUGGGACGACGACCCCGAGGCGCGGCCGGCGUUUCAGCAGCUGUGCGAUCGCCUUCGCGCAUUUGCCAACGACGUCUCUGACGCGCCCAUCACCAAGAUGCGCAAGAACAGCCGGUCAGAGCUCACCUCCCCCCUCACACACUCCCAGCAACAGGACACGCAGCAGCAGCAGCAGCAGCAGCAGCAGCAGCAACAAGAGGACGAUGGUGUCAAGGAUCAAUACGUGGACAUGUCAGCCGCCACGCAGGCUGUGGCCGCCUCUGAUGAUGACGAUGAGGAGCGAACGGUGCGGACGGACGACGGCGUGACAUAUGUUGCCAGCCCGACGGGGGACGACUCUGCAAUGUACAUGGAGACUGUCAACGACAAGUACCCUACAUUGUCCAGCAUGGAGCUCGCCAUCAAGGUGGCAAAGGACCAAGCGGCCAUCCAGAAUGUGUCGGUGGAAGGCAAAGAGGCAGCGGUGCAUGUGAGCAAGCGCCAAGCAAAGGAGGAGGAAGACGGUCCCACCACCACCACCAACGCGAACAAGACGCCUGCGCAAGAGCAGGCCAACCCGCGGCCAAGCGUGAGCGCAAUGAAGAGCGUGUGGCUGCAGCAUGGAGAGCAGGCACGAUUGGACGCGGAGCGAACGAACUUCAAGACAUCGCAGCAGCGCGACAAGGAAGAUGCGCACCAGCCACAGCAGCAGCAACAACAGCAGCAGAAGGAAGCGGAGGAAAAGUCGCAGACGGCACCGGCUGCACAUGGGAAGAAGAAGGAAGAGGAGAAGAAGAAAGAGGAAGAGGAAGCGGAGGUGGCCGUGCGGUCGCCGUUUGGAAUCAAGAAGAAGAAGGCCAAGCCAAAGUAUGGCGGUGCAAAAACUUGGGUGACGGCUGGUGUUCCCAUGGGCAACCAUAUCCAGGGCAUGCUUCCGGAGAGCCGUGAGCGCGAAGCAAAGCAGCCGCCGUCACAGUCAGAGUCGAAGCGGGAGAGCAAAGUCAACACCGCUGCACGGCCUGUGUUCCCAGUGAUGCAACCGCAAGAGGGCAUUGACCGUGCAGACCUGCUCACUUUCUGA